CUUCUGGUCCUGGCCGGGCUGACCCAGGCCGAGCUGCUCAAACUGAGCCCGGAGCUGGGGGUGUGUGUGACGGGGGUACUGGAUGACGGAGAGGAUGAGGAGCUGUCUGAGAGUGUGACUGCACCGGAACGGGUCCACGGUCAAAGGGAAAGGGAGGGAAAAGAAGCUAGUGAAGGGGCAGAGAUAAUGGAGGAUGAGUGGAGCGAGGGAGACAGCGAACAGACACUCGGAUUGGGAAGGGAGACAGUGACUGGAAAAGUUGUGCAAGGACGGUACUUGGAGGGAAAAAUAGAUGAGAACAGGGAAGCCUAUAGGACGACCUCAUUUACUGAGAUGGCAAGAAGACGCAAGCGAAAUGGCAGCAACAAUAACUCCACUUGUAACUGUGGACAUGGCUUGGAUGUCAAACCAAACCCUGAGUCUUACUUUAGUACGGCCCACAGCAAUACAGUUAACUCUGUCUCCUGCUCCAACAACAAUUAUGAGUACCCGUCAUUGGCUGAGCCUGCCCCUCCUCCUCCCCCUCCCCGACCUUUACCACCCUGUCCUCCAACAGUGUCCUUGUCCCCCCAGAAACCACCUCUAACACUAUGUACCCUCCCCGCCAAUGCGUCUCAACCCGAUCGUUUUGACUGGCUCAUAGCCUUCUCCCCGGAAACAGAAGCCCCCCCCUUCCAAAUGGAGAAAUCAAGGGAAGGCAGUCCGCAGAAGUCAACAUCAGGGUCAAGGGUCACCACCUUUAAAGAGCUGCGCUACCGAAGCAGGCAGAACCCUCAACCUGCUGUGGUCAAACUGGAACCAGAACCAGACCCAACAGUUAUCACUCCUGAUCCAGACUUCUUGUACAACCUAAAAUGGAGGCAAGAGAAGACGGACGGGGACGGCAUCCAAUGGGAAUACACUCCUCAAGCCCAUUCCACUUUUCUUCAACCACAACCUACCAGAUCAUUAUCCAUCUUUAAAGAAAUGCUGAAACUCGCAGAGAGGGGCGGCCUGCCAGAUCCUUGCCCCUCGCAGCGCAUUGGCUGCUCCACCAGUGAGGGUAACCUUUGGACAGCAGGAGUCGAGAGAGAGGGGAGGGAAGUGGAGGAGGAAGAGGGGGAGGUGAGAGGAACAGCAGAUGGAGGAAGGAACUGGGAAUCAAGGACAACAGCAGUGCGUAGUGUGUCAUUCGCCGGCUCAAUUCAAGGCGAGGCCUGGAUGGCCGGUGAUGUGAAGGGUCCUCUUGGAGGUCAAGGGCUGUCCUCUUUAUGCCUGAAUGAAAAAAGAGCUCUCCUCAGUGCAGUCAGCGUAGCGGUGGAGGCCAUUUUGUCCCAGUUCAGCACGUCUCGAACCCUCGUUCAGAAGGCCCAGUCAGGAGACAGCAGCUUUAACCCCUCUCUGGGAAGGCUGGUGCUGCAGUGCCUGUGUCCAGCUCUCUACGGCCUGCUGUCUGACGGCCUCAAGCCCCACCAGAGUGACCUCAUUGCGGGGAGGAGACCAAAUUCACCCUGGGGUUUGGUACAGGCCUCCACACGUCCAGGUCCCCGGACCCAGGCCCUGUUCAGCCUGCAGUGUCGAGUGGUGGAGCUGCCUCAGCUGCGGCAGAGCAGACACAGGUUCAACGCCUUCCUGCUCGGCCUGCUCAAUAUGAAACUCCUGGACUACUGGCUGUCUCAUCUGCAGUCUUGUGAUGAUGUCCUGACGACGUACUAUCGUCCCACUUCCUUCAUGCGGCUGUCCUACACUUCUUGUCAGCCUCUGUUUGAGGAGCUCCUCCUCCUGCUGCAGCCCUUGUCCCUCUUGACCUUCAGCCUUGACUUACUUUUCCAGCACCACCACCUUGACCCCACCUCCCCUGGCCUCUCCACAGCCAAUCACAGCCCAGAAACCCCCAGCCCAGCCAAUCAUGAGAUUUGUUUCAGGGCCCCGCCCAAGGGUAGCAGCCAUCCCCUUGAGAGUGUGUCAGAGCAGGACUUUAGGGAUUUGGAACCAGCUGAGGGCACUCGGUAUACGACUCUCACAGAAGCAGCCAGUCACUUUGCUCGUGAGGUAGAAGGGUUAGCCAAUGACAGUCCUUCCCCAAGAACAGUGUUCAAUAAGGAAGAGACCAGCCCACAGCUUCUGUGGCUACAGGAGAAAGAAAUAGUGCCCCCUAGUGUUAGUAACUUCUCUCAGCAAGCUGGCCAGGCUAUACAGCAGGGCUGGGGGGUAGUGUGGCGCUGGGGUGAACGUCUGGGGCAGAACUUGGGCAAUUAUUACACAAAUGGGGCACUCACGUCUGAGGUGGAAAAGCCUUCUCUUCGACCACAGGAUUUGUGGUCAGGCACUUCAACCUCAAACACCCUGACCCAACCCAACCUCAUCAGUCCUCAGACUCAGAAGGACCCUCCAUCUGAAAGCAGUCCCUCAGUGCCCUGGGGCCUGGGCAGACUGUUUGGGGCCUCCAGGGGACAGAGGAGCCCACAGUCACACACAGCCACUAGGCGCCCAUCCCAUUGGCUGGCCCCUGGAGUUUCAGCUCUGACCCGCAUAGUAAGCCCCACCCAACACCCAGUGCCUAAAGAGGGCCGGGGAGAGGAGGAACCCAAGGGUCUGAGUGAGACAGAGGAAACAGGAGAGAGACCAAGACAACUGAGGUCAGUGCGAACCCUCUGUGACCACGCGGGCACAGGGGAGGAGCUGAGCUUCGAGAAAGGGGAGGAACUCACGGUGCUAGAAGGUGUGGACAGCGAUUGGGUUCGUUGUCGUCGGGGCGACAAGGAGGGGCUCGUUCCCAUUGGCUACACCUCCCUGAUUAUGUGACUCCAGCAGCGCUGACUGGAUGAUAAGAUCAGGGCGGGCCAUAGUUUUGAAAUAACCUGAGACAUGGCUUUUUCGCUCUGGUCCUGGAGCCUUUCAGUGCACGCAGGAUUUUGUCACAGCCAGGCACUUUAUCAACCGAUUAAGCUGAAUGAAGUCCUCGUUAAGGAAUACAGCACCUCCCCUAGUUCAGAGCGUGUUAGUGAUUUCAUUCAAAACAGCCGGAAAGCCCAAUAUUUGUAUAGCCCUCCAGGACCAGAGAUGAUUAGCCUUGACGGGAAAUAACCAUAAAGUCGACAAAAAGGAAUAUAGUAAUUUAGUGAUUAGUGGCUGUGUUCAAUGUCCAUUUCUCCUCUCUUACCAGGUUUGUGUUGCAAUGUUUCUGCUACUAUUAGUGUUCACUUGAAAACCAUAUAAAACUGAAUGUAUAAAUAUACAUAAAUAGGAUUAUAUAUAUUUAAAUAUAUAUUGAAAUUGCAUAGGUGGAUGGACAGAUAGGCCGAGAUAGGAAUCUAGAUUAUAGCGAGAAAAAAUACUUCUGAGUUGAUGAGUUUCAAUGAACUUAAUACUGUCAUUGUACUCUCAAUAUCAAUUUUAGAACAAUAUAGCACUUACACACGUAAUUUGCAAUCCUCCUUAAAUUUUCAACUCACUAUGAUUUGCUUUGAAGUGUACUGAAUUGACUGAGCGUGCAUUGUGUCAAUUGCGCAAGUAUCCAAAGGCUUUUAAGUGUUUACAAUAUACUGUAAUAAGCUAUUACAAGGAUUAAAAUAUAGCACUGUUAAAUAGGUUCAGCUUAUAUUUGCACACAAUAUACAAUAACACUAAUGCACACAGUUAAAGCAAUUCAAUAUCUAAUACAACAAAGUAAUACGGAAGUUUUAUUUAUGUACUGGAGUGUCCUCAUCCAACAAAAUAGGAGAAAUAAACAAAAAAAACAGUAUAUUGUUGUGAAAAUCUUGAACAUUUUCACAGAGCUUUCUAUGAAUUGAAAAUCAACUAGGCUUAUGAAGACUACAUAACAGGAUUAGCAUUUUUAGAACACAGCUGUGCUACAGUAACUGCCUUGAAUAGACACCAGUUAUGGUGAAGGCACAUUCGAACACACAGCUAUUUUUAAUGAAAAAUAUAAUCCUUGUUUAUUCCAGGUCCCCAGUUUAUGCAGUUAAGUAAUCAUAUAAAAAUAUUCAGAUCAUUAUUAUGACCAUUAUCAAAGUAGUUGUAGUAGCAGUAGUAAUAGGUAUAGCAGUAUUACAAAUUGUAUGAUGUCAUUAUGUUGAUUAUUGUGAUUAUGUUGAAUAUCUUUUUUUUUUAUAUUUUAGUUUUUUAAUAUAAAGUACAUUUUAAAUAACUAUGCAUAUACUGUAUGCUCUACACUUGUCCCAAAGUCUGGGAAGUUGCAAAUAGAGAGUGGGGAAGAUUGAGGUCAGCCAUCAGGAUCCAGGAAGCUGCAUAAGAUUUGAGAUAAGAGCAGCCCUAUUUUACCAGCUCUUGUGCCAAUGGGUCCUUUACGGUGAAGCACUGAAUUACACACGCGUUCACCUUAAGUGAACCGCGGUGGAGGUGUGAAAGCCUGGGAUUUAGCAGGGAGUCUCACAGUAGAUGUCAUAUCGUACCUUACUGCAGUGCAGUCCGCCGCUUCAAUCAUUGUGUAACGGGAGCCUCAGAACAAGCAAACGCACUUGUUUCUCAGGUGAGCUGAGAGAAUGGAUGCCGGAUGAGUGUGCACAUGAAAACGUGAAGCGACAGGCGUGACGUUGCCACUGCUUGCUUCCCAGCGCACCCUACGGCCUGAAGCUCCUGGAGGGAAACACUAACUAACAAACGCAAAACUCAGGAAUGUCAUAUUUCUGAAAGGCGAUGAUAGCGAGCAGAAAGUUAACAUCAGUAUGAUCUACUUCUAUUUUUGCACUUAUGGUUGAUUUGUUUAUAUGGCCAUCAAAUUGUUUCUGUUAUGGGUUCAGUUGUUAAUGUUUUGUGUUAAUUUAUUGAUUCGGGAUGUGUAGAAGGGAAUAUAGCUGUUAUCUAUCCCUGCUUGCCCUUUCUCUCUAUCUCUCCCUACCUAUCCAUCUGGAGGUGUAUGUGUAGAAGUGGGUUGUGUAGCUCUGUGUUUAGCCUCUCUAAUGUACUGUACUCCUGCAAUGGUGUCAGUCAGUGUCAUUCUGCCCCUGCAUGUGCUUGUCUGUAAAUAUCCAAUAAAGUAAAUAUCCCCUAA